CAUCAUCAUGACAACAGAGAAGAGUCUAGCGGCAGACGCCGACAGCUCGGAGCAGCAGCAAACCAAGGAGGAGGAAGGAGCUGCUGAAACACAAAAACAGGAGGCUUCCCUAGAGGAAGGGACUCAGGAGACAUCAGAGGGACAGCCUGCAGCAGGGCAGAAACAGAAGGCCUCCAACGGUGAUACGCCCACGCACGAGGAGCAGACCAAGAAGGAACGCCGCACCUCCGAGGGCCGGGGUCUUUCCCGCCUCUUCUCAUCCUUUCUCAGGAGGCCCAAGUCUCAGGUGUCUGAAGAGGACAAAGACACUGAUACUCCUAAAGAUGCAGGAGGUAACCAGAAAGAUCUGGGUUUAGGAGCCAGCCGUGAUGAAGACAUCUUGGUGAAAGCUCCAAUUGCGGCUCCUGAGCCUGAGCUCAAAACUGAUCCAUCAUUAGAUCUCCAUUCCUUAAGCAGUGCGGAAACACAGCCUGCACAGGAGGAGAGAAGGGACGACCAGGAGCCGGAGAGCAAAGACCUUGGGAGCAAGGAAGGAGGGGAAGCGAAGGAAGAGUGUACCAAGCCAGAGCUGAAACAAGAGAUUCCGGAGACCAAAGCAGAGAAGGAUUUGAAAGCUGCCCAGAAAGCAGUAAAAAGACACAGAAACAUGUACUGCAAAGUUGUCUUGCUGGAUGACACCAUCUUUGAGUGUUCCAUGGAUAAACACACCAAGGGGCAGGAUCUACUUAAAAAAGUCUGUGACCACCUCAAUCUCCUGGAAGAAGACUACUUUGGUUUGGCCAUAUGGGACACGCCAACCUCCAGGACGUGGCUGGAUCCUGCCAAAGAAAUAAAAAAACAGGUUCAUGGAGGCCCCUGGGAUUUUACCUUCAAUGUCAAGUUUUAUCCACCGGAUCCUGCGCAGCUGACAGAGGACAUAACCAGGUAUUACUUGUGUCUUCAGCUCAGACAAGACAUCAUCUCAGGGCGGCUGCCCUGCUCCUUUGCGACUUUGGCUCUGCUGGGUUCGUACACAGUCCAGUCCGAGCUAGGUGACUAUGAUCCUGACCUUCAUAGCCCGGAUUACAUCAGUGAAUUUAAGUUGGCCCCAAACCAGACAAAAGAGCUGGAAGAGAAGGUUGUGGAGCUUCAUAAAACAUACAGAUCCAUGACUCCAGCCCAAGCAGACUUGGAAUUCCUUGAGAAUGCAAAAAAGCUGUCUAUGUAUGGAGUCGACCUUCACCAAGCCAAGGACUUGGAAGGGGUGGACAUCACUCUGGGAGUCUGUUCCAGUGGCCUUCUUGUUUACAAAGAUAAAUUGAGAAUCAACCGCUUCCCUUGGCCCAAAGUCCUGAAGAUUUCCUACAGACGCAGCAGCUUCUUUAUUAAGAUUCGGCCAGGAGAGCAAGAACAGUAUGAAAGUACAAUUGGGUUCAAGCUACCAAGUUACCGGGCAGCAAAGAAGCUGUGGAAAGUGUGUGUUGAACAUCACACGUUUUUCAGGCUGACUUCCACCGAGGCCAUCCCAAAGAGCAGGUUCCUGGCGCUGGGCUCCAAGUUCCGCUACAGCGGCCGGACGCAGGCGCAGACAAGGCAGGCGAGUGCCUUGAUCGACCGGCCUGCUCCACAGUUUGAGCGGACAGCAAGCAAGCGAGCCUCUAGGAGCCUCGACGGAGCAGUGGCCGUGAUAACCCCUGAGAGGAGCCCCCGUCCCACCUCUGCCCCAGCCAUCACCCAGAGCCACGCUGCAGAACCCAUCCUGGCAAAGCCUGGCACAAAGGAUGUGGUCACUGCCUCUAAAGUAGAAAAGGAAGCAGCGAAACCUGAUGUGAGACACGAGGAAAUCCCACCAGAGAAAGCCAAGCCAGAGCCAGCCGAUGUGUCAAAGGUGAGGAAAACCCACAUUGAGGUCACUGUGCCCACCACGAAUGGUGACCAGCCCCAGCAGCCUGCAGAAAAAGAGGAAGAGCUGAUAAGAAUGAGGAAGAAAAGAUCAAAGAGGCUAGAUGGUGAAAACAUUUAUAUCAGGCAUAGCAAUUUAAUGUUGGAGGAUCUAGAUAAGACCCAAGAAGAAAUAAAGAAGCAUCACGCCAACAUCAGUGAGUUGAAGAAGAACUUUAUGGAGUCCGUCCCAGAGCCUCGGCCGAGUGAAUGGGACAAACGUUUGUCCACUCAUUCCCCAUUCCGAACUCUCAAUGUCAACGGGCAAAUUCCUACAGGAGUGGAUGGAGUCAAGAAAGUCACUGUCCUAUCUUCUGAGAGACAGGUUGGUGGGCUCGAGACACGGGAACGUCCUCUGUUAGUACAGGAUGAAGACAAACUAAAAAAGCAGGAGAUACCUACUGAGACAGCCUUUCCCGAGCAAGCAAGUGAAGAAACUCUUCCAAAGGUUUCUAUUUCUAUUCCUGAAGAGCAGAAAUCACUCAGAAAGUGUCAGCUGUACUCUAGCAUUUUUCCUUCUCCACGUGUUCCCUUUAUGAUGUCCUUUCUCCUGGUUGUAGCACUGACUGUUUGGUGGCUGCUCUUUCUCUGAGUGGCAACAGGGUCACGUUGAAACCUCAAGACCAAAGCUCCUGAAUUUCUUGGCUGUAGCCUCUGCUGCAUCUUCCUUGUCCUGGUCUUUGAUCUUCGUAGUUUGCUGUCCCAGAGAGGGACACCCUGCGACCGUCACAUUAAUCCCGCUGUAUGUCAUUUUGUGGCUUUGAUCCAGGGCUUGGCAGGAGUGGUCAUGGAUUGCCAGGUCCACUCUGAAGUUUCCUAACGUGCAGAGACAAAAUCUCUGAUCCAUGCUUCUGAUUGCUGUCAGAGGGCAGACGGAGAGUGUGAAUAUAUUGGAGGAGGCAUUUCCUUCCCCAGCCUCUCUAGACGUCAUGUGGGAGUUGCUGGAGGCUUGCUCUUAAGCUUGUUGUUUUAAAUGCAAGAUGUUCGCAAGCUGAAGAACAUUUGAUACCGAUCCCAAGAGGCUUUACAGCAAUCUGUUAAAUCUAAUCCAUAACCACUCCUUUUCUAGGAAACUGAGACUGGUGUUUAAAUAAAAAGUGUUGAUUAUCAAUGCUGCCAUUAGUGUUAAUGUAGAGACAGGGAUGGGCAACUCUUCAUUUUCCCGGUGGGAGAAGCCUUUUGCAAAGCACUGCAGCUUCCCUUUCCCACUCCUGUUCUCCCUUCCAAGAACAUACGGCGUGUUAUAGGAGAAAACACGUUGCAAGGAAUACCUAUUGUAAACAUAGAUUUAUAAUUUUUCUGAAUCUGGUGGUCUUGGUGCACUUCAGAUGUGGUUUUGUUUAAUUUUGUGUUGAACUAACUGAUGCAUGACUGCUUAGGUCGCAGGAACAGCAUAACCUGCUGUUAGGUACCGCUCCUCUCUUCGCAUGUUGACUAUCACAUCAGGACACACUUCUAAUGUUAAAGCCAUCGAUUGUUUUGACUUCUCUAACAAAACCUUUGCAUGCCGCUUGUUGUUUAUUGCCUACAAAUGUAAAAGUCUGGGUGAUACUUGUUUCUCCAAGUUAUUCUGGUGGAGGCUCCAAGAUGAGUUGUGCAGCUGGGCUGAGCAGAACUGGCUUGCGAGCUGGAGGGAAGAGGAGACUAUGUGUCUAAGGGGUUUCUUUUCUGUACAUAGCAAUUAUGGGACUGAGCUGAGCCAACCACUUCUUCUUUCCGCAGUAAUCUGCUUUCUGUUGCUUUCUCUGGAGGGUCAGUAGAGACACAGUUACUUGUCAGAACAGCCACCAAUGCCACCAGUGGCAGCUGCUCCAAUAGCACGGAAGAGGAAGGAGCAGACCUUUAUUACAGGGGUUACAAUUUGUGAAUAUAUAUAUAUACACACUCGUAUUUAUCUGUAUCUGUGUGAACAGUGUUGUUUAGGAAGCUAGAAGAUAAGCUUGCAGGAAAAAGACAAGUAACGGCAUGUGCUGUCUGAUCUUAAGGGCCGUGGUGCGUCACGGACCACUUGAGCUGCCUCUCUCUUGCUCUCAGUGUACAGGUUGAGGCCUUCUAAAUGAUGCCUCGGAAGCUUAGGUUGCCAGUGAAACCCUUUGUUUUAAUCUUGCAGGAAUCUUUCUGAUUACUCUUGCUCUGAUUAGUUCACCAGUUUGUGCCUUCAGGACCUUGUUUUGUGAGAAUGCUGGUUUUUCAUUGGAAAGUUUUCUUCCCUCUUUAAUACACUGCCUUUAAUACACAGUCUUCCUCUUUCAGUGGUUGCAAGUGUAGAAGUCACCAGGUUGGUGUCCAGGUGUGUGCUGUAGGGUGAAGGAGAGCUGAGCUUGGCACAGGCAGUGGAGGGACGGUGCUGCUCCAUGGGCUGUGUUCCUGCAGUGCUCAGAGGACACCUUAGGAUGCACAUGAACUCUGCUGAGCUCAGCAUGAGGUGUAGGAAGACCAUCUCGAGAAGGUGAGCUGCAGAGGAGGGGAAGGAUGCUGGUGUGCCAUGUGCUGUGCAGAAGAUGCAGAAUUCCCUGCCUGAAUCUCCUUCCUGAAAUUGGAACAGAUACAAUGAAAACCAGGGACUGUUCGUUCUGCCAGCCUGGCGUGGAGAAGAAAGGGACAGGAGCUGUUCAAUCUGUUGUCCAUUUUCUUCCCAUGCUUCCUGGAGGAGAGCAGCUUGAACACACACCUGAUUCCUUGCAAAAGCCAUCGUUUGAGUUAGCUGCUGGGAUGCUGUGUUGAGCGCUGUUGAAGUUGUUGCCUGCUGUCUUUCCAAACUGAUGACAAGUACUUUGAAGCCAUACCAGUGGCUUUUGCAAAGCCAUGGUUUCUCUAGCUCUGUCUACCAUUUCCGAAGGACCUGAAGUCUAAAAAGCUUUGCCCAGAGCAGUGUUUGGACACAGUGCUCAGGAUAUCUUGUCCCAGAGUGAUGGGACAUGCACUCUGUUGGUCACUUCAAAUCACUUCUUGAACUUCUUCAUUAAGGUUGUCUCUCUCUCACUCUUUCUUUUUUUAGUCUUGAGGUAAAGCUGGUUAUCAUCAGCAAAAUGCUUUUAAAGUUUACAUUCUGAGAAUGCUCAGGAACAUUUUUUGGAUUUAUGUAACAAUUAUCACUGCAGAGGAUAAAGAAAUGGAACAAAUGAUUUAUAUUUCUGUGGUGGUUCAGAAGCCAGUUGUCUACUUUCAUCCAAGUGGACAUGAUCUCUUCUGACAGAGAAAGCCCAUAGCAUAUCGGGAACAGAAACUCCAUUCGUUCAACACCGCAGUGAUGUGCCUGCUGUGCUCCAGCCCCUUGCCGGUUGUUCUUCCACUUUUUUUCCAUUUGCUUGCUAGGCAAAGGGAAUUAUGGACGUGCCCUGCGGCAAUCGCGUAAGGUCUCGUUCCUGCACAUUCUCUCUCUCGUUCCUGCACGUUCUGUGUACUGUACAUGUCAGUGUCAUGCUGGUUGAUUCCUGGUUUCACCCUUUUCCCUUGAUGUCCAUGCAGGAUGUGAUGCUGAAAGAAGGGAUUUUGAGAUGUGUGCUGCCAUACUCAUGCUUAGGGAGAGUUGAUUUGCUUUAGCUUUGUUUAAGGGCAGAGAUCUCAGGGUUUCUGUAAAGGACCUGGCGUGUGUACUGUGCUCCCAUUUCCCUCAGGAACACCGAACACUCACAGAAUCACAGAAUCACAAGGUUGGAAAGGACCCAUUGGAUCAUCGAGUCCAACCAUUCCUAACACUCCCUAAACCAUGUCCCUCAGCACUUCAUCCACCCGUUCCUUAAACACCUCCAGGGAAGGCGACUCGACCACCUCCCUGGGCAGCCUCUGCCAGUGCCCAAUGACCCUUUCUGUGAAGAAUUUUUUUCCGAUAUCCAACCUGAACCUCCCCUGAUGGAGCUUCAGGCCAUUCCCUCUUGUCCUGUCCCCUGUCACUUGGGAGAAGAGGCCAGCUCCCUCCUCUCCACAACCUCCUUUCAGGUAGUUGUAGAGAGUAAUAAGAUCUCCCCUCAUCCUCCUCUUCUCCAGGCUAAACAACCCCAGCUCUCUCAGCUGCUCCUCGUAAGACUUGUUCUCCAGCCCCCUCACCAGCUUUGUUGCUCUUCUCUGGACACGCUCCAGAGCCUCAACAUCCUUCUUGUGGUGAGGGGUCCAGAACUGAACACAGUAUUCGAGGUGCGGUCUCACCAGCGCCGAGUACAGAGGGAGAAUAACCUCCCUGGCCCUGCUGGUGACCCCAUUUCUGAUACAAGCCAAGAUGGCAUUGGCCUUCUUGGCCACCUGGGCACACUGCUGGCUCAUGUUCAGUCGGCUGUCAACCAGCACCCCCAGGUCCUUCUCUUCCGUGCAGCUCUCCAGCUAUUCUUCCUCCAGUCUGUAGCGCUGCAAAGCCUGGCAGCCCCUGGCCACCUGCCCCAACAUCAUCACUGACCCCAGUGGGAUUAAAGUACCUGGUUCCCGUGUGGCUGGUACCGUGCCAGGCUGUGAGUGUUGGAGCUGAUAUCCCUUCCAGAGGGAAGUUGGGAAUGUCUGCAGCUCUUAACCUCAUCCAGGCCGGUAUGAGAAAUCCUGAUUUCUCGAUGUGACUUGCUACAGAAAAUGACAUUUCAGUGAUUUUGCAUGCUGUUGGUGCGGCUACAAGAAGGCUGCCAGCAGUGUUGAUGUUGUUGAGACUUCCCGAGUGUUGCUUAGUUUGGCUGCUCCUGUACAGCGAGACUCCCUGGUGCUUGUCUGUAGGAUCCAGUAAGUGGCUACUGAGGCUUCAGCAUUUUUCAUCACAAAGCUGGUAGUUGGCUCUGCGCUCACUUUCUGAAUCUUCUUACCCUGAUAGCAGUUCUCCUGAACGUAAAAUAAAAUGCAGAACAAUUUCUUGUGCUUUCAUGCUUUAAGAGAAGGUGGGCAUUAGUGUUUUGAAACAGCAGAGCUUGAAACUGAGAUUCAGCUCUGAGGCUGCAUUAGGUAUUGGGCUCUCUAUGUGACAUUCAUUGGUAACAUUCAAGGUGUAUGCUACUGUAAAACGAUAUCCCUUUUUUCUUUUCUGUUAUUAAGAGUGAACAGGUAAUAAAGGGUAUUGCCUGCACCUCCUGCCACAUGCCACUUUGCCUGGUCAAUGGAAGAUGAACUGAGGACUCUGUAGGCAGAGCAGGAAGCCCAGACCAGCUCUCUUUCCUUGCAGUUUGUGCGAUAACUAGUGAUGACCCUGGAAAAGCAGAGAUUCAGCAUUUACCUCCUGUCCUGAAGUAAUGAGGACAAGUGGAUUUCCUUAGCAUGGCACCAGUGGACUAGCUUGUGCUUGCAGGAGUGAGGUCAGGCUGGCCGUGCUGUGUCUGUACUGCAGGGUCCUUGGAAAAGUCAUGGGUAGAGUGUCUUUUCCUUCAUGUAAGGGUCAGUAAUUUGUCACUCUGAGAAUUAUUCCACUGGUUUACUGGGUUUUCUUUUUCUUGGUCACGAGUUGGAGUUGCCUAUUGUGACCUACAGACUGAGGUAGGAUGCUUUCUGGAAAAAAUUAUUGAAAAAAAGGUUAUGGAUUCAUUUAGAAACUCUUUAGUCUGUACUUUGGAGUGGGUGACAUGGGAGAACCUGGCAGGGGUGGUUUCUCCUGUGUCCCUGUUUCAUCAGUCUUGCUUUGUGAAGCUGGAGGGAAGGACUAACCUCGGGUUGUGCCGCUUUGGGAUCUCCCAGCAGAGGUACACGGUCCUGUGGAAUCAGUUUGUGGGGACUAAAAACACUUUCUUUUUUACCUAAAAUGCUCUCUUUUGGAACACUUUUUUGGUUUUGUAUUUUUUCUCAGAUUUUUCUUUGUAAAUAUGUACAGUCAUUAAUAAAUGUUAUUGCAAAUCAGAUUCUCCUUUCCAUUGCUUAUUAACAACAAAGGUAUAUAUGACCUGUGUUAAUGCCUUCCUCGGGCCAGUCCUCAGUAUUGCCCUCUCAAACCAGGAGCCAUCAGCCUUCAGGGCAUUCCUGCUGGAAGUCAGGCGGUUGGGUUUGCUGAGUUUCCUGUUGUAAGCAAUGCACACUCUCAAACUGGUCAGUGUAUUUUCAUUGAGGAUUAAAUCUGGCUUGGUUUAAGAAAGACUUUGUUUGCAGAGAGGUGAGAAGGUUUUGCCCUUUACCAAACCCUUAACACUAAAAUGUUCUUGCUCUUUGCUCCUGAGACUGAAUGGUGAGGAAAAUCCUUUGCAGAAAGCUGUCCUAGGGGUGGAAGUGUCACAGGUCCUGUGCAAUGAAGCUGUGAGAGCCUCUCUCCAGCACAUGGUAUUAAUUUGAAGACAAAAAUGAUCCUUUGUGUCUUUGUAAGUGAAGAAACCACAUUCCUAAUUAACUACCGCCUUUCUACGUGGGAAUACAGUGCAAGCCUCUGGUUGGGUUUUAGCUGGUGGAGGCUGCCUGAGGUUGUGUCUAGAUCUGGAUCAAGAGUCAGUCUUAAUUUUAACUCCUAAAUUUUCUUCUGUGAGUUUAUUUACUUCUGAAUAAACUGUUUGGCUCAUUCUAUGCAGUUACAAGCAGUCAUAGGAAAGCAGAUCUGGCUGCAAUGGAGCAGCACAAGGCUGGUGCUGCUGCUGUCCUGGCUAACCCAACAUCAGAGUGGAGCCGUAACUCAAUUAUCACAUGCAGCAAGUGAAAUGCAGCAGCACAACAGCGAUGUCAAUUAUAAACCCUGCUGGUAUCCCCACCCUUUUCAGUUGUUGAUGCUAAGCUAAAUCGGAGGCAGCAUUUGCAAUAGCACUAGCAGCUUUGUUGCUGCAGAGGGGAUUUGGAAUAAGAAGUGUGCAGCUUUGUACACCCAUCCAAGGGUAUGGGCCCUAAAAGGGGUGGGAAGGGGAUCAGGGUGGAUGGGAGGAGGAAAUGCUGCUGGAAUCAUGUUGCUCAGCAGCUGUAUUUUAAUAACUUAAGUGUUGAUCUUGAAGUUGUUUCAUGUUACAAUGUAGUUGAUGCAGUGGAUUGGAACUGGCUGGUGGGUAUCAUGGAAUCUCUUGGGUUUCUUGUUCAGUCUUUUAAGCUUGUAGCAGGCUGUGUAUUUUCUAGCCUGACUUUGGUGAAAUUCUCUUUUAUACUUCUGUUGUCUAACUAAGCUGGCUGGGAUGGUGUGAUCAGCUCAAUGGCAAUUAAAAAAUCCACCCCAAAAUACAGAGCCAUAGGUAAUGGCCACCAGUUGCAAAUGUUGGGGUUUGUUGAACGAUUUCUGAACUUUUUCACUUCUAUCUUUGAGGCAAAGCCAUUCCAUAAGGCGUGGCAGGUAUUGUAAGAUAAAGAUCUCUUGUUUUCUACUUUAUAAUACUGUUUACCCAAGUGCUUUGACAGUGGUGAGAUUGAACGUCAUUUGAUCUGGGAGCUGUCACUGGUGAGUGGUUUGCUGCGAAAGCAACGUCAUCUACUUGUCCACCCAUAGACAGUCACACUGAGCCUGUUUGCUGAUGUGGAUGCUUGUGUGGGGAUAACCUAAUAACAUGCGCCGACAGGAAGGACUGCAGUGUUGUGCUGAAGGAGAAGGGAACUGGGAACUCGUAGCCAGCUAGAAUUCGUAGCAUUCAAUAGGUGAUUGUAAAGAGUUAGCGUGCGUGGUAAUUCUAAGUUUUUAUUAAGUGUCUUUGGUAAUUGGCAUGUUGACAUCAUUUUAGCACUCCUUCAGUUUCCUGUGGGAUAGUAUUCUGCUUUUGGAUGAGGAUAAUUGAAUAUUUCUGUGUGCUUGCUUGUGCUGCAGAGAAUGGUCAUCCACUCUGGCAACACAAGGCGGCUGGUUCGUAGAAAUACAUCCUGGUCCAAAAGUAGUGGGUGCUUGAAAACAUACAGGCAAAUAUAUACAAAAACACUUCCUAAGAAAAAUAAAUCCUUUUGGUCACUGAUAUCAGCCACGCAGUUAAGCUUGUUAUUAAUUUAUCCCCAGUCUGAAUUAUUGUGUGUCACUUAUUACACUGUGGCGCUUAAAAUAAUCUGCAUUCUCAGCAUUUGUCAACAUCAGGUGCACAAAGAUUGGUAUUUAGCUGAUUCAGUUUGUUUCUUCUGGAGCACUGCAUCCUGUCCUGCAUUUUCUUUGCACUGCGUAUGGCUUGUGCAAAUAGUCUGCUUCGUGUUCGAUCGAGGCAUCCCUGGUUCAUUUUGGGGGUCUCUGGAACCGAGUAGCUUGCAGCCCAGACACUCCAGGGUUUUGUGGUUCUCAAGGAGCGCUUGGAACUCUGCAAAUCUGAGCCCUAAAAAGAGGAAUGCUUUUGCAUUUGCAAAUUAAAAUAAAUCUUGAUAAGAUCAGAAUUUGUAACUGAUGUUCAAAUUCCUGAGGGAGUUCUGUUGGUUGGGGUUUUUUAUAUAAACAUAGUCUUUUCCAGCAGCCUAUGUACAAAUUACAUUUUUAAAUAUAGGAGCAAAUAUAGUUGUGCAUUUUUAAAAAGAAAUGUUUGUAAAUAGAUAAUUUUAUUUAGAAACAAAUACCUUUCAAUUAGUCUGACUUCUUCCCAGUGGAACAGGAAGGUGAGAAGAAAAGUGCUUCUGCUCAGUUGAUCUUAUCAGGAUUUCAUUCUGCCUUUAUGGCUUGCAUGUUUAUUGCUGCACUUUGCUGAUGAGACGUAUACAUGCACCACAGGCUUCAGUCAAGCUUUUACCUUCCUUUAUGUCUUUACCGCACAAGAUAAUUAGAAAAUGCAAAUUUUAUUUUUUCUGGAUCUGAAGGGGAGGUGAGAAGUUGAUUAUGACUAUGUACAAGUAUAGAUCUGUGUUUGGGUAGCUGCUUGAUCCACCUUAUUCAAUCUGUGAUUCUGCCUCUUGUCAAGUAGUGACCCAGCUGGUACCUAAGGAAAUCUCACUCCUAAGGAAUUUUCCAUUGAACCCCAGAAGAUGGACUGUGUCUUCUUAAGAUCCUGUGAUUAAUUUGCUAGAUUUAGCAUAUAUAAUGAAGGAAAAAUCAAUGCAUUGGCAGUGGAGACAGUCGCAUUUUGAAGCAAGAUUAAGACAUGGGUAUUCAAAGCUGAUAACCUCCCUUUCUGUUCCAUUUUCUGAAGUAUCACAGUGUAAUAUCUCACAUUAGGCCAAGUGAGGGUGGGAGCUGGAUUUGGCUUGGAAGGAGCCCACAUGGAAAUGGCUUUCAAUCAGAAAUAACACUUCCCUGUGUGUGCAGUCAGACCUGGCUGUCACAGUGUUGAUCACUGUCCCUUUUUUCCCACUAAAUGCAUUUUCACAUCACAUCACCAGGUUGGAAAAGACCUCUGAGAUCAUCAAGUCCAACCAUACCUAUCUGCCACUAAACCAUAUCCUUGUCUACCUAUCUUUUAAAUACCUCUAGGGAUGGUGACUCCACCACCUUCCUAAGCAAUAGCCCAAGAACUAAAAAGAUGCCCAAGAGGCUGUUGAUGCUAACGGACAAGAAUCCUAGAGGUGAUCUGUCUGCAGCAUAAAGAACCUGGGAACUGAGAGAUACCCGCGAGGAAUGGUGGAAGAGUCGUCUCUUGAAGUGAUAAUAAAAUCAGCAUCUAUUUGUUCCUACACAAAGCAGCUCCUAUUCUUAACAAACUGUUGAACUAUGCCAUUAGAUGAGGUUGAUCAAGGUGAAAGCCUCUGUUGUACAGAAAAUGCAUUAUACCAGAACCCACAGGCUUCAGGCCUCACAUUUUAGGCACAAAUUACUGGUUUUUGGUUGCCCAGGAAUCUGUGUAGUAAAAAGUGAGGCAACAGUUUCUGCUCAUCCUAAUGCCACCACCAAAGUUAAAAUUAACAGUUGACAAAAUGGACUUGCCAUGCUUUUAUGAGUAUUUAAUCACUGGUUUGUGUUGAGCAGGUGUGUGGCUGUUUUUAUACGAAGGUACCAGAAACGUUGCAGUUAUUUGAAGUGAAAGUGAGGUUAAUUAUUGAGAAUAAACAACAAUGGCACUGAUUACACAGCAUCUCUCCUUGGGGUUUUUUCCAUCCUUGUUCCCUGAUGCUGGAUGUUGUGACAACCUUGAUGUGUGUAAAAUCAUAGGUGCCUGUAACUGCUUAUUCUGCCCUUCCUUGAAGGCAAAUUUCAAUGUCAAUAAGGAGUGAAGCACAACUUCUAGCACAGGGCGAGACUGUAGCCUUCAUUCACCUGUGGUGACUGGAAUCCUGCUUCUCUGUGCCUAUGAAAAAUUCCUCCCUCAACCAUUUGGGCAAAGAGUUGAUUACUACUAAAGCUUUCUGUCUCAUUAAUGGUUUAACUCUUCUGUUGCUGUUGCUUCCCUCCUGGCUUGAGGGCUCCCAGAGAUGUGAGAAGAGCUAGCUGAGACCUUGCUAACAAGCUGAAUGAAGAGCAGGAUAGCAGCAGCCUUAGUUAAUACCUCUGCUUUGGCACACUCUUCCCAAGCAUCUCAGGUGCUAUAGACGUGCUUGCUUGCUCCCAAAAGGCUGGGUUGCCUCAUUCCGUGUCUGCUCUCCCAUGCACUAUCACAAAUGUCCAUUAUGUUGUACCUUCAGGAGGUUUAGCUGCUGCAAAGGUUUCCACACUGCUUUUGGGAUAAAGCUUGUUCCAAAUAUUUCAACAAUCCCAAAUAAAUGGUCAAAUGGUUGUUUGAGUAGUCAGCUGAACUACACACUCAGUGGCGAUGGGGUCAGCACAUCAACAUCAACAUCUGGCUUUCCAUUUUAAAGCCACAUUUUUUUAUCUCUCAGCUGGCAAGUUUUGUGCUAAGUUGUUUGUCUAGAAGAAAUAGUACAAAUUCUUUCAGAUGACCAGACUGCAUCGUCAGCUCAGGACUCUGUUGGUAACUGUACACCUAAUUUCAAUACUGACUUGUAGGUAUUCUUGCACUGAUUUCCCAGUGCCAUAAUGACAAAUCUCUCGGUUAUCCCAGAGACUGCAACCGUGAAGAGGGUGCUCAGAGGUGGGUGCAUUCCCAAGUGCAAGGAAAAGAGCAAAGCCCAGGCUCUCCUAGACAUAAGGAGGAAUUUCUUCACAAUGAGAGUGGUGAGGCGCUGGCCCAGGUUGCCCAGGGAAGUUGUGGCUGCCCCAUCCCUGGAGGUGUUCAAGCCAGGUUCGAUGGGGCCUUGGGCAGUCUGAUCCAGUGGGAGGUGUCCCUGCCCAUCGCAGGGGUGUUGGAGCUGGAUGGGCUUUAAGGUCCCUUCUGAUCCAAACUAGUCCAUGAUUCUAUGAUUCUCUACGGAUUAUUGUGCAGAGUAAUUCUUUUAACCUACAUUUGCCAAUUAAAACCCAGUGUGAAGUAUUUCAAGGAGUUUAAAGCAGAACUGGGGUCUUGUUUUGGUGUAGUUGGUGAGGUUUGUUGCACACGUGAAUUCUGAAUGUGCACAAGUCCUUGCUUGCUACACAGAAGUUAUUCCUGAUUCCAAACUGGACGAAAAGUCCUUAGUGGUGGCUCUUCCUUUAAUUUAGAUGCAGAGAGUUGUUUCAAUAUUAAUUCCUUAAGCUUUAGGAGAGUGGAUUAUUAAUGUACCAGGAAGGCUGUGAUACAUCACAUAGCGCAAAGGUUUUCAAGCUUCCAAACCCUCUGCUGUUGCAUGCGUUACUAGAGAUGGGACAUAUUAUAAGAAACCAAUGUUUCGUCUUUAUGCUUCAUGACCUCUUGUUCUCCCUAACGCUCUCUUUCUCUCUCUUUUUCUGGCCUGUUUUUGUGUAUUCAUUUCU